UGGGGGGCGGUCUUCGGCCUCCCAGGCCCGACGCCCCCUUGUCUUCGUUCUCGGAGGCGGGUAGGAGGCGGGCCACGCCCGAAAGGGUCCAUUCGUUCAUUCAUUCCACCCGAGCCCGGAGCGGCUCCGUUCGUAGGGGGAUUACUGCGGCCAACCGCUGUAUUGGGCUCUUGACCAUUUUUUACCUGGUUCAGUCCCCACAGCAGCCCCCGCUAUUAGCUGCCCGUUCAAUGGAUGGGGAAACGGAGACGCAAAAAGGUCAGACAAACAUGGCAGCUAGGCGAAUUGCACAGGAGACUUUUGAUGCUGUAUUGCAAGAAAAAGCUAACCGAUAUCACAUGGACCCCAGUGGUGAGGCCGUAGGUGAAGCUCUUCAGUUUAAAGCUCAAGAUCUUCUAAGGACAGUCCCAAGAGCCAGAGCAGAUAUGUAUGAUGACAUUCCUAGUGACAGCAGAUAUACUCUGGCUGGAUCUGUAGCCCACCCUCGAGACACUGGAAGAGAAAGCCUGAGAGGUGAUGUAUUUCCAGGACCUUCCUUCAGAUCAAGCAAUCCUUCUGUAAGUGAAGACAACUACUUUCGCAAAGAGUGUGGCCGGGAUUUGGAAUUUUCCCACCCUGAUUCCCGAGACCAGGUUUUUGGCCACCGGAAAUUGGGACAUUUCCGUUCUCAGGACUGGAAAUUUGCACUCCGUGGCUCUUGGGAACAAGACUUUGCCCACUCCAUUUCUCAAGAAUCCCCUUGGUCACAGGAGUAUAAUUUUGGUCCUUCUGCACUACUGGGGGACUUUGGUUCCUCCAGGCUGAUUGAGAAAGAGUGUUUGGAGAAAGAGAGUCGGGAUUACGACGUGGACCGUCCAGGGGAGGCAGACUCUGUGCUCAGGGGCAGUGCCCAAGUCCAGGGCAGAGGCCGAGGUCUAAACAUCGUUGACCAGGAAGGGGCCCUUUUAGGGAAGGGAGAGACUCAGGGCCUACUCCCAACUAAAGGGGGAGUCGGGAAACUUGUCACACUAAGAAGUGUGAGCACAAAGAAAGUACCCACUGUAAAUCGUAUUACUCCCAAAACUCAGGGCACCAACCAAAUCCAGAAAACCACCUCAAGUCCUGAUGUGACCCUGGGGACAAACCCAGGGACAGAAGAUAUCCAGUUUCCCACUCAGAUCCCUUUGGGGCUCAAUUUGAAGGAUAUUCGGCUCCCCAGAAGAAAGAUGAGCUUUGACCUCAUAGAUAAGUCUGACGUUUUUUCAAGAUUUGGGAUAGAAAUAAUCAAAUGGGCAGGAUUCCAUACCAUAAAAGAUGAUGUUAAAUUUUCCCAGCUUUUCCAGACUCUCUUUGAACUCGAAACCGAAACCUGUGCUAAAAUGCUCGCUUCGUUCAAAUGUUCCUUAAAACCAGAGCACAGAGAUUUUUGCUUUUUUACUAUCAAAUUUUUAAAGCACUCUGCUUUGAAAACACCCAGAGUUGAUAACGAGUUUUUAAACAUGCUUUUAGACAAAGGUGCUGUGAAGACCAAAAAUUGCUUUUUUGAAAUCAUAAAGCCCUUUGACAAGUACAUAAUGAGGCUUCAAGACCGGCUCCUGAAGAGUGUAACACCCCUGCUCAUGGCGUGCAAUGCCUAUGAGCUGAGUGUCAAGAUGAAGACCCUCAGUAACCCCCUGGACUUGGCUAUUGCCCUGGAGACCACCAAUUCUCUCUGCCGGAAAUCUUUAGCCCUUUUGGGACAGACGUUCUCCUUGGCGUCUUCUUUCCGGCAGGAGAAAAUCUUAGAAGCCGUGGGCCUCCAAGAUAUAGCUCCUUCUCCUGCUGCAUUUCCAAAUUUCGAAGACUCUACUCUGUUUGGGAGAGAAUACAUCGAUCACCUGAAGGCCUGGCUGGUCAGCAGUGGGUGUCCGCUCCAGGUCAAGAAAGCUGAACCUGAGCCAACCCAAGAGGAGGAGAAAAUGGUUCCUCCUACCAAACUGGAAAUUCAGGCCAAGGCUCCGAGUGGUCUGAGUGAUGCAGUCCCCCAGCGAGCGGAUCACAAGGUGGUGGACACAAUCGACCAGCUGGUCACUCGUGUUGUUGGAGGCAGCCUAUCUCCCAAAGAGAGAGCUCUUCUCAAGGAGGACCCUGCUUACUGGUUUUUGUCUGAUGACAGUAGUCUGGAAUACAAAUAUUACAAACUGAAGCUGGCAGAAAUGCAGCGGAUGAGCCACACCUUGCCAGGAGCAGAUCAAAAGCCAACAGCGGCAGAGUGUGCGGUCCGGGCCAUGCUGUAUGCUCGGGCGAUCCGGAGCCUCAAGAAGAGGCUCCUCCCAGGCCGGCGGCGGGGGCUGCUCCGCACCCAAGGGCUCCGGGGCUGGAAGGUGAGGAGAGCAACCACUGGGACCCAGACCCUCCUCUCCUCGGGCACCAGACUGAAACACCAUGGCCGGCAGGCUCCAGGUUCAUUGCAGGGAAAGCUGUCCCAGCCAGAUGGAAAUGAAACUGCCAAGGACUGCCCGCCUGACCCGGCCGGACCCUCUCCUGGGGACCCCAGCCCAGAAGCCUCGGGCCCAUCCCCCAAGCCAGCAGGAGUGGGAGUCUCUGAAGCCCCUCAGACCUCCUCUCCCUGCCCAUCUGCUGACGUUGACAUGAAGACCAUGGAAACUGCAGAGAAACUGGCCAGAUUUGUUGCUCAGGUGGGACCAGAGAUUGAACAGUUCAGCAUAGAAAACAGCACUGACAACCCUGACUUGUGGUUUCUCCAUGACCAAAAUAGUUCAGCCUUCAAGUUCUAUCGAAAGAAAGUAUUUGAGUUAUGCCCAUCGAUUUGUUUUACAUCCUCUCCACUGAACCUCCACGCCGGUGAGAGCGCUGAUUCUCAGGAAAGCCCCCUUGAUCCCAUGGAAGGGGAAGGAGAGUUUGAAGAUGAGCCCCCGCAGCACGAGGCUGAGCUGGAAAGCCCAGAGGUGAUGCCUGAGGAGGAUGAGGAGGACGAGGAGGAUGAGGAGGAGGAUGAGGAGGGGGGCGAAGAGGGCUCCACUCCUAGAGGGGCCUCCAGGUCAGCAGGAGGGGCGGCCAAGUCCGAGGGCUCUGAGGGCAGCCCCCCCACCGAUGGCCUCCCGAGCGAGGCAGCUGAAGAUGGCCCAGCUGGUGCACCUGCCCUGUCACAGGCCUCCUCGGGGGCCUGCUUCCCCCGGAAGAGAGUCAGCAGCAAGUCCUUAAAGGUCGGCAUGAUUCCAGCUCCCAAGAGGCUGUGCCUCAUCCAGGAGCCCAAAGUUCAUGAACCAGUUCGCAUCGCCUACGACAGACCUCGGGGUCGUCCCGUGUCCAAAAAGAAGAAACCCAAGGACUUUGACUUUGCCCAGCAGAAGCUGACUGACAAGAACCUGGGGUUCCAGAUGCUGCAGAAGAUGGGCUGGAAGGAGGGCCACGGCCUGGGCUCCUGUGGGAAGGGCAUCAGGGAGCCCGUCAGCGUGGGAACUGCGUCGGAAGGGGAGGGGUUAGGUGCUGACGGGCAGGAGCACAAGGAAGACACAUUUGACGUGUUCCGUCAGAGGAUGAUGCAGAUGUACAGACACAAACGGGCCAACAAAUAGGUAUGUGUGUGAGCUAGUGCAUGGGGCAUUCUGCCUAAGCUGACGUGCUGGUAUGUAGAGACAAUUUCUCCAGAAAAGUCAGAGUUCCCCAUCCCCCCAAAACCAAACAUGAAACCAAACACACACACACACACGAAAACAUUCUGUGAGGGUAACAGAGUGUUUGGAUGUGGAUGUGUCCCACCCCUCACCUUCCAGGUUUGGUUGAAGGAGUGAGCCCCGAGCUCGCAAGCAUGCAGCCCGACAGCGGGCCUUGGUGCGGGGCUCCUGGGUUCGACUGCCCGCGGCCGUCCUGGGGAGAGAGGUCGCCCAGGGAGUGGCCUGGUGUCCUGCGAGGGUGAGGGCGAUCUGAAGCCGGAGCUGCACAGGCCAGCUGCUUUGCCACAUCCUUUUUCUGAGCAUCUUCAAAUCCGUUUCAUUCUCAAGGGCCUUGGGCCCAUAUAAACAUCCCCUUCUUUCUCCUCUUUUUAGUUGCCUUCCCCACCUGUAAUUUCCAACUCAGUUAUGAACAAAAUCGUUCUCUCCCUGAAUAGAUGAAACCAUUGGUGAGAAAACUAAGGCUCGAAGCAGCAAUUGCUCUUAAAGCGCCACCUCUGCCCCGGAUCUGCCCUGGAGCCAGUGGCCAAGUAGGUUCGGUGUGUACACGAGAGGCGAGCAUCUCUGCAGCUCUGGUGUGGAGGGUCCGAACGCUGGCUUUUCUUCUUCUUAAAGGAAAAAAGAAAGCGCCAUUUCCGAUCUGCUUUUGCCUUUCCCCCUCUUCCAAAUGCUUAUGGCAGCCAGUCCCCUGCAAGUCUUUCCUGGCUCCCCCUAGGAAGGUGGUGCUGCCCUUGGAAGCACCGGGGCCCUGUUUGUGCUCAGGAACCAGCUCUGGGCGGGUCUCCCGUCGCAGAGAACCUUGCUCUCAGAGGUGCUCUCUUAGCAAACUUGGUGCCCAAAUGAUGACAGAUGGUGGCUUUUCGUUGCUUCCAGGCUGUAAAUAGGGGAUGUAAUCCGGUAUUAGUGAAGUCCGCUCUGGUCCACAGCCUGCAGGUUGGGGCAUGGGAACUCUUUGAACAAGUGGAGAUACUUGAUUCCACGAACGUGGUAUUUAUGGAGGCUCGGCUCUUAAAUGCCUCCCAAGAGACGUGAUAGAAGUUUAGCGACAGGAUAAUAGAGCAGUAUUCAGUGGGGAGGAAUCAUUACGUUGAUGAAACUUCUCUCAAAUUCACAUGUCUCCCUAGAAUCCACAAACUGCAGUUUGCUUUCUUUAAAAACCACAUAUGGAGUCUCUUCUACCAACGGCUGGGGGUGUGAACUCUUCAAGAGGCUUCAUUCCUGGCCUGCGCGGCAGCGUGAAGAAUUGUGUUAUCAGGGCCUUUGUACAGAACAGAAGCAGGGCGGGCCGGCAGCUACUUGCUGUUUCUAGGUGCGUGACGGCUGCCCUUCAUCUUCCCCCGGCGCACCCUCCUUGCAGCUACGUGCGAAGUUCUCAGGUCGUGGGGGUCUCGGGCCUUUCUCAUAAAGCAGCAGUGUGGAAGUUUUAAAUCUUUACUCAGAUCUGGGGACCUUGGGAUCCUGCUGACACUGUGAGCUCGGGUGGGGGGGCCCCCAGCCGUGAGUUACCGUGUUGGCCAAUCUUCCCUUUGUCUUGUGGGGCCCACACCCACCGUCACAGGCCUGUGCUGUGUCUCUUCGUGUCCGGUGGAGCCUCCAGGCUCUCCUUGCCCCUGGUUGCUCCUGUUGCGUGGGCGCCCGGCAGAUCUUUAUGGCCAGGGAGAUGAUGGAGGUGCCUCAGCAAAGUCGAAGCAGCCUGCAGGGGCCGUGUGGUAUAGGGGAACCACAGCUGUAGGGGUUCAGGUUCAUCUCCUUUCUUUCCUAAUCCUUCCAGUAGCUUUCCUUGCUGGCCAUGGGUUGAGCGCAUGGAUGGAACUCUGAGCCAAAAGACACCCCUUUGGCAGACUGCCUUUGACAGAGUGCCCCAUUGGCCCCGAGCAAGAUGUGGACUCCCCCAGUAGGUUCUCGCUCUUUCUCUGCAGCAUAGAUAGCUCUGACCAUCAUAUGCACGUUGUGCUAGUAUAUUCGUUCUUGGCUCUCUCCGCUUCUAUCUGUAAGUAAAAUGCUUUAAGAAUUCCCAGGGUAUAAGCCCUGUCCCCGCAGCCUCCUGCCACUCUUCCUCCUGGGGACAUCCCACUUUGAGCUGACCCUGGGAGCCUUUGGCACAUGUCAAAGGGAACACCUCCUUCUUGAUCCUGGAAAGUCCUGUGAGCACUCAGGUGAUGCUUUUCCUGUGGGGCUGGCGUCAUGGGAGCCGGGGCGGAGCCUGGUGGUGCGUCCUCGCACCGGCUGUUGGCCAGGGACCAGGGCACACGGGCCCUCCGCGCUCGCCCUUGCGCUCCCUGGCAGAGGCUGCUCUCAGGGAGUGUGCGUGCGAGCGCGAUGUGCAGUUGCAUAGCCUUGUCAAAGUCACAGUGUCUUUUCUGUCAUUCUAGUUCCAGGGUCUCUUCCAUGAGGACGACAGGCAUCCGGAAAGUGCUAACUCGCCACUUUGGGUGCUUACUGUCUCUGGCUUGUUUCCAACACUGGAAAUCAUAUAGAGAAUUUUAGCAUUUUUGGUCCUUGGUAAAACCUAGAAGACAUUUGUGAUGUUACAAAACGGAAGUUUUUUGUUUGUUUUGUUUUUGUUUUUUAAAUCUAAGAAGUUGUGAAUGUUGUUAAUCAUUUAGCAGUUGCAAUAAAUGUAGAGGAAACCCAA